ACAAAUAAACCUCCAAAAUCUCCAUUCUUUCGCAGUUCCGUAUUCUCUCUCGCUCUCUGCAUUUCCUCAACUGAGAAUUACUCUCUGUCUCUGUCUCUGUCUGUGUCAUCAAUGGCGGUGAGGGCAACAGUGGCUAGGUUUCCGAUGGACCCAGACGCACUGGAGUCGUCGGGGCUGCCGUGGGGGGUGACAAUAACGCCGUUCGCCGCCAAGGACGAGAGCGGAAACCCUCCCCUUUACGGAUCGGACGGCCAUCUUCUGCCGCGGUGCGAGAACUGCUGGGCCUACUACAACACAUACUGCGAGCAAGAACAGUGGGCUUGGACUUGCUCUCUCUGCGGCACUCUCAAUGGCCUCUCUUCCCAGACCAUCUCUCGCUACUCUCUCCCCGACUCCUGCCCCGAGAACAUCUCUUCCUUCAUAGAUCUCGAAUUGCCUAUGGAAGGAUAUGAAGAAGAAGCAAUGCAGGCCCGUCCAGUUUAUGUUGCAGCGGUUGAUUUGUCAUGUAAGAUUUAUUAUGUUAUUUGGUUUUGAUUUUAGUAGUUUGCUUGUUUAUUUUGUUGGAAUGGAUUGGAAGCUUCGUCCUUUGAAAGUG